AGACUUACUACCCCAAAAGAGACGAUUGCCAGCUAAUCCCAUGCAGGCAUUGCUCCAUUUGUUUACUUUGAGUCCUUUGGCUGCUAUUUCUUGGAGCUGUUUUGUUUGCAGGAAUCCUCUGACCUCACUAGCCCCUGAUGGCCCGGUGCCGACAGCUCGUCCUCAGCUCUUGUUGCCAGCGUCCAGCAAGCUCUGAGCAGCGAGCUGAUAUCAUCCUGGCCUGCCCUCGCAUUAUCCGGUUUCCGCUGCAGGCGAUGUGAUGCGAACGCCCGAGCAUAUGGCACACAUGAAUAUGCACGGCAAUGAUUGGGAAAGAAGACACAGAUCUGUGGCAACCUUUCUGGCGAGCAUAAUGAUGCGCGAGGAGAUAAUCUGGCGGAUGGUCGGGUCCAUUUCCCCAUCCCUCAAUGACUGCACGAGCCGAGCCCGCCCCGGAGCGGCACGGGUGAAUGCGCCGCGCCGAGGCCGGCCGCCGCUGCCGUGCACGGGGCCGUGCAAAGGGAGCGCGGCAACGGGUCGUGGCUCGCGAAGGCUAGGGCGAUCCACUACCGGGCAGGCUACGGUCUUCUUCCCGGCGAGGUCAAGAAAGCUGGUUGGCUGGCUGGCUGGAUAGCUGCUGGCCGUGGCUAGGAAUCUACUAAGACUUGUUAUCCACGUAGCCGGCCUGUGGUCCAGUCCAUCUUCUUUCUUCCGGGGAGUUUGAAGUCAGCGAGCAGCUUAGCGAGGGCGCCACUAAUGGUAGGCCGCAGGAGGAGGAAAAGGCCGCUGGGGAGAUGGGGAGGAGGACGAGGCUGCUGCAGCCUGCAGCUGCAGCUGUGAUGGUGCUGAAAGAAAGGUAAAGCGGGCAGGGAAUAACGAGUAACUUGCAGGCCACUUCUUGCAGUGUUAGUGAGCUUGCAUGGUGGUAGAUUUCUUCCUGAUGCUUUCUUUUAGAAACCCUAAAUUUAAAAGCUUAAUGAGGGGGGCAAAAGCGUGUUUGGAGUGAAUAAAAGUAUUGCAUGGGUGGGCUGGGCUUUAACUAAUCUAAAGCUAGAUUCGAGCUCGCUCGCGCGCCCCCCGAGGCUAACGAAUAGUUUUAACUUGUUUAUUUGCCGCAAAGAAAGAUUGAGAUUAGGAGAAUCUGAACCCUUGGACCGCAUCUCCUUCAGCAGCUGCUUCAAGCUUGCACUAAUCUAAAGAACACAAUUUCCUGUUGGUUUAUUACUAAUCUCUUCUUGUUUGUAACUGAAAUUCAUAACCAACUGUUAGAGAGAGAGGGAGGGAGAGGCCUGAAUUACCUGAAGAUUAGAUUAGUGGGGAAAAUGGGAACGAAAGGGGUGGGAGUUUUGUAUGGUUGCAAUGAAAGUAGGUUUGCUUUGCUGUUGGGGUAACGCAAGUAGCUAAUGCCUCGAUCGGCACCCCCCUGCUAAUGUUGACCACCAUUUUCUUCAACAAAACUAAUCAUGCCGAUCACGGAGGGCGUGUAAAUAAAUCGUCGUUCCGGGCAUAAAAAACUUGCAACAGUCAAAUAAUGAUUCGGGUGGCAUAAUUUACAGCCAGGCGCCUUGAGGAAAGCGAGCGGUUGGCGCCCAUAAACAAAUGCCCGUGAGGGUUGGCACUGUCAGGGAUGCCGGCCGGGAUGGCAUGGCAAUGCUCUGCUCCUCGUUGCUACAGUACGCUAGCUGUGAAGAGCUCUCGAUCGGCUCAGCUCAGCUCAGCUCCCCUUCCUCUUUACGCUUGCUCUCUGUGACUCUGACUGUGUGUGUGCGUGUAGUAUGGAGUAAGUAAACAAAAGCAAAGGUAAACAGCAUGAUUAAAGAGCUGUUAACAAAGAUAAAGGCGAGGCCGCCAGGGGCACUUAAAAAUAAGCUCCAUCAAGGGUUAAACAACACCAUGGCCAUGGUGGUGGUGAUUAGGAGGAAGGAGUAAAGCGGUUCCUGCCUGCAGCUGCAACAUCGCCUUGCCUCUUGCCUGCCGCUGUGAUCAACAUCCUUGGGGCUGUGGGCUGUGGCUCGUGUGCUGCCCAGUACCCACUACUGCUGAAACUACAAGUGCUAGUGAACAACUGCUAGUAGCCCUAUAAAUCUGACAAGCCUUUGCCUACAACCCUUCUCUCUCUCUCUCUCUCUCUCUCUCUCUCUCUCUCUCUAAUAUAGUCUAGGCCCUCCCCUCUUUCGUAGCUCUUCUUCCUAUGCCUCCUCGCCGGAACAGAUAGCAUCAGAAUCUCCAGUGGCUGGGCAUCUUUCCUUUUCCUGCCAUAGGCCGUGACGAGAGCUUCUUGCUUGCGUGCUUGCCCCGGCUAUCAUAUUGCCUGCCUAUGCCGCUCGCUGGCCAAUGGAGGAGCUAGCUCUUCUUCUCUAGCCUUUCUCGUCUCCCAUUCGUCCAUUGACCUUCGGUGAGUUCAGUGCUAGCUGCUCGGGCACUCUACUCGCUCCCCCUUCUGCGCGGUCAAAGAUCGUGGCCGAUGGACAUGAACGAGAGCUGCGAGAAAGGGAUGGAGGGCAACGCGUCCUCCGCCGGCGCCGGCAUCCCGGUGGAGUGGCAGACCCAAUUCAGCGCCGCCGCCUUCGCGUGCCCGCCGGCGCAGCAGCAGCAGGGCCACAUGAUGGACUCCUCCUUCGCGUCCGCCGGCCUGUGGGCGUCCACGUCCCAGGCCAUGGCGCUCUCCGACGUCGGCGGCGCCAUGUCCGCCGCGCGGGGCGGCGGCGGCUUCUUGGCGCCGGUGCCCGGGUUCCUCCCGCAGGGCCUCGGCCAUUUCCCCGUGGACUCCGGCUUCAUCGAGCGCGCCGCGCGGGCGUCCUGCUUCGGCGGCGGCGGCGGCGGGGUGAUGGGCGCCGGCGCCGGCUUCGGUGCGGCUGAUCAGAACAUGAACAGCGCGUUCAGUGGCUCCUCGGAGGCGCUCUUGGAUCACCAUAGGAAGGACGGCAACGAGAAGGGCGAGCCGGAGCUCGGCAGGAACGGCCACGACGCGAUGCCGAGCUCGGAGGCGGCCGGCGGGGACUGCUCGUCCAAAGGGACGUCGGACUCCAAGAAGAGGAGAAGGCCUAACGAGGUGAUGGGAGGCGAUCAGGUUCAGUCCUCCAACCUGCCUGCGGAUUCGGCGAACGAGAGCGUGCAGAGCAAGGACAAAGGCGAGGAGAGCAGCCCGGCAACAACCACCGGCAAGUCGAAAGGGAAGGGAGCGAAAGAGACCUCCGAGUCCCAGAAGGAAGACUACAUUCAUGUCCGGGCUCGGCGCGGACAGGCGACCAACAGCCACAGCCUUGCAGAAAGGUUGAGAAGGGAGAAGAUUAGCGAGAGGAUGAAACUUCUGCAGGACCUUGUUCCCGGUUGCAGUAAAGUCACUGGAAAGGCGGUAAUGCUUGACGAGAUCAUCAACUAUGUUCAGUCCCUGCAAAGACAAGUCGAGUUCUUAUCGAUGAAGUUGGCGACAGUAAACCCAAGGCUUGACCUCAACAUAGAAGGGCUUCUGUCGAAAGAUCUUCUUCGCUUCCCUGGUGUCCCUUCAUCUUCCCUCGGAUUCUCCCCCGAGAUGAUGCACCCACAACUACAGCUAUCGCAACCAGGCCUCAUUCAGGGGGGCGCUGCUGGCAUGGCCAAUCCAGACGUUUUCAGGAGAAUCAUUCAGGCACAGCUAAAUGCAAAAGACGGAUCUCAGAGGCAGGGAAACGAACACACCCUAAAUUUCCGUUUCCGAUUCCUGGAGCAGAUGCCCCACGCAUUGAAUGGGUCAUUCAGCGACGUCGCGCAGAUGGGGUACCCGUCGCCCCUGGGGCCGCCGGACUUGAGCAUCAGGCCGUCGCAGGACGGGUUCCAAAUGUGACCAACAGGCUGGCCCAGUGCACAUACGAGCAAGGCUUUUCCAUCUGAUCGACGAACAUGCAGGAGCGCAGGGGGGCAGCAGGGCGCACACAUGAACUGGCCCCUGCUGCUGCCGCAGCAGCGCUGGCUGGCCGCAGCGCCAGCUCAUCGCGUUGCUACAGGAGCUGCCUUCGACUGCGUCGCCACGGCCGGGUUUUUAUUGUGUUCAGAACUGAAAAGAGCCCCCACGGAGGGAAGCAGCCAGCGAUUGGGAGGGGUGACAGAGCGGAUGGGGAAUCUCUCUCUCUCUCUCUGUGACGCUGCCGGGCUGGAGGGCUGGAAAUUCUGCUUCUGCCUGGGGUGGUAGCGCCCGCCCAUUCAUGGCGCACAGUGCCGGAGCAGUGGCUGUGUUUGUAGCGAGCAGAUGAAGCGCUGCUGCUGCUGCUGCUCUGUGUGUGAGGGGUGUGUGUGUGUGCAGGAUGUAAUGCGAAGGGCUUUGGUUGUGUUCGUUCGUUCGGUUGCUUUUGCUUGGAUGCUCAAACACUCCUAAAUGGGGGCGAUGUUUUUUAUGUUAAAAAAGAUCAAAACAUUUGACAAAUUAUGCAUGUACUACACUA